AUGUUUGCGGCUAUAGCCUCGGGAAACCCUCUUCAACUUUCGGCAGAAGUGCCUAACUCGAAUAGCUUACAACACACCAUUGUGCUGUCUUCAACGAAACCCAAAUCUUACUCGCACAUCUCGGUCUUCAUUUUGCCCAAUGUGACGUUUCCUCCAGAGUUCGCCGGUACAGUUUACUUCAAAUUGAGCCCGGCUGAAGAAUUCAAGUUUUUUGGCUAUUUGAGCGCAGAAAAGCCAAGUGCCAUUUUCAAGGUCAGACUUCCCAACUUGAAUGUGUCUGCCCCUGGAGAGCCCGGAGACGGACUUGGAGAGAUUGACAUGGAAGACGAGAUCCCCGGGGAGGAGCCCACACCAGGAAAUGUCUCUGAGAUCAUAAUAGGGAUAUCAAUCGAGUCCAAAGACCAGGCCUUUGCAAAGGUGCAAGAACUAAAGUUGCAACAAGCGGCACCAAACAGCUCGAACUCGCUGGUUGUAGCACGCACGAACUCCUCAGCAAUUGCAAAUCCAGGGCAAUUGGCCAGAAUGUAUCCCGUGGUGACUCAACAGCUCGCGGCCAGGAUUGUCAAGCACGCUCACAACUAUCUAACAGGGUUUUUGGACUCACAGGGCAACGUGCCGAUCAAGUGCUUCGACAAUUGGUGGAAUAAGUUCAAAACGCGGUUGCAAAUGGACGCGCAAUUUCUGAACGAGGUGACUGAAGAAUAG